AUGUCAAUUCCCGAUCCAAGGAGAAAUUCAACUGAAGCAUUGUUACCCACGCCUUCGACUGAACCGACUGAAGAUUUUCAUCAACCCAAUUCGAAUUUUCCAUUAGCCAAUAUGGGUGUCUCAUUAUCUACCGCUAGGGUCAUUGCGCCUGCUUCUUUCUUGAUCGAUUUCGCCUGUCAACUUUACGGAAUGCUCUCAUCACCCAACAUGAAAGAUAUUCACGAUGCCAACCCCUGUUCAUUCUCUCCUCAACCAUUCGCCAUUGCUGGGUUCUUCACUCCUCAACAGGUUCUUCAACUUAUCUGGUUGAGGGAAUUGUUUAGAUCGGAUCGUCAAGUUGAAGGUAACACUCUGAAGUAUGCUCCAUGGUACGCUUUGGGCAAUGGUUGUAUUGCCAUCUGGAUGUUAUUCUGGAACAAAAACAACCUUAAAGGAUCAAACGUUUUGGUAAUGAUCAACACCCUCACACAACUGUACUAUACUUUCUUCCUUAGGGAUCCUGCACCUAGAUCAUACCAAUCUAAAUUGACCAAUGCGGUCAAUAUCACUUUUGCAGGAGUUGGUGUUCUCGACCUAUUCCACAACCUCACAGCAGCCUAUUUCCCCUCGAUCCCACCAAACCUCCUCGUCAAAAUUGCCACUCCCCUCAUCUCACUUCUCACCGCCGUAUCAUCCCCAUUACUCUUCAGCACUUGUAUCGCCUAUGACCUCUUCGGCGUCGCUAUAGGUCAACAUCAGCUUGCUGCCAAGGCUCUCAAUGGUCUAGGAGGUGGUGGCGGUGAAGGUUGGGCCAGACUUUUAGGUGGUGUAGGGUUAGGCGUGGUUGGCAUUGUAGGUGCAAGAGCAUAUGGGGGUGCUAAGUGGGUAUAA